UUCAGUUUGUUUACAUCGCGUCACGAAAAGCUUGUCUUGUGGUCUAAAGACAUAUAUAAUGAAUGGCUACAGCUGACUUCUGCCCGGUGAAUAUUUCACUUUGGUAGCUGCUCAUUUUGUUUACAUAUCUCAAAUACAUUCACCUGGACAAGUGGCAAAAUGACUCAGCUGCAGCCACUGAUGCAGCUCCAACAAACAGCAGAGCCCCUGCUAAAAGUUCAGGAGAUGCAGUUUUGGCUGGACAAAGCAGUGGCUUGGGGCCAGGCUGACAGGCCAGACACUCAGAAAGACACCUGCCUGCAUCUGAGAAGACUAAGGGAUUUCCUUCAGCAACUCCUCACACAUAUCAACAACAUGAGCUCCACAACAGAGACCAUGAAGAGGCUGCCAUUUCUAGGCCAGUUUCUUGGCCGACUGUGCUGGAACCCUUAUGUCUCUGCUGAUGCUAUAAGCAGAAGGUUGAUGUUCCAGUGUCUGUGGGGACUGUACUCGGAGCAUCCAGGCAAUGCUGUGGAAAGAAAAGCCAACCAGUGGAUACAGAAAGUGUUGUGUCAGCUUGCUACAGAAGAAGAGGAUACUGCAGCGCAGGCAUUAAUGAAGCACACGGGUGUGCCAUCUAAAGAGUACCAUCUCAAAGUCCUGAGAAAGAGGGUGGCACUGCUGCAGCAAAACAUUGGGAAGAGCUGCAGGUCUCUGGGCGACAUAAAUCAAAGGUGUUCAUGUGACAGCAUUCUAGCCACAUCAGAGGCUUGUGCCCCCCUCGUCACUUGCCCCGAGGCUGCUCCUCUCAUUGGUGCCAUGCUGCAGCAGCCAGUGACUUGUGUCAGGGCAACACUUAGUGAGCACUUCCUGGAGGCUCUGAGCUCUGCCUACGCUAGCCAGUGCUUGUCACUGGAGGAGCAGACAGUAGUCUCUCUCUGGCAUCACAACCUGUCCAGCCUGGAAGAAGCAGUGCUCAGUCUGCUGGAGUGUCUCCCCAACAGGACGUCAACACCACAGAGGCUAGAGCAGAACGUGGCACAGUCACUGCUGCCAAAAGCCAGUGCUCAGCACAUCUCCAUAUUCUUGGUUGUGAACGACAUCUUCAGGUCCAUCCUUAAGCAAACUGAGGGGACUCAGUCUGUGAAGUAUCUUAUUCAAAGCUUUACCAGCUGUUUCCUCAGGGAACUGGCACAGCUGAAGCAUCAGACGAGUGUACCUACGAAGGCCUUCUUCCCACAGUCACCUCAGAGUUUGCUGGUCCCUCUCUUGACCCUGCCGUCAGAGAUGCCUCAGGAGGCUUGGAGGCAUCACCUGAACUGGCUCAGCGGCUCAUUACAGAGACUGACAGAAGAGGAAGAGGAGGGAGACGGAGACAGCAGCAGUAGCACCAGGGGGCACCGCAAAGUGUUCGAGGCCUGGUUCCUGCUGGUCCAGUGUGCCCACUGGGUGCAGGUGGCUGUCCAGCUGCUGGUGACAUUGGGGCCUGACGACUGUGGGCCCCUCCUGUGGCUGCUGACCUUCUACCACCACCCCACCAACAGGGGGCACCACAGAGAACUACAGCUGGUGCAGGCCAGAGACGUAUUGGACUGCCUGCACUCCCUCUUCUUGGUCUUAGCUCCCCCCCUUCCCGCUGACCGCCUGCAGGCAUUGGUCGCUCGGCUGUCACCACAACCUCAGCAACCGUCACUGUCUCCAUCAUUGAUCCUCAACCUCUUAGUCAACUUUGCUGUUUUCUUCCAGCGGCCACUGAGUGCAUCACCAGACAUUUUACAGGCGGUGGUGGAUGGGUCUGGCCUGGUUGAAGAAGCAGCAUGUGUCCUCAGCUCGCUGGAGCUGAGACUAAACGAAGCAAGCUGCUUAUCAAGCGACGCUAACAGAGUUCAUCUCAGGAUCAAGGCACUUCAGAACACACUAACACAUAUGCAUGCAGCAUCGAGCCCUGCUGAGAACCAAGCACACGCACUCUAAAGCAGACUCGAUGUGGUCCAGUGAGGUCUGCAGCCACUGGAGGAGUAAACCUAACCUGCGCAGGAACAGACAAUGCGUCCUGUGUGCUUGACCGACAGAUGGCCUUCGACACACAAGCACGCCUCCGCGCUCUCACAAGAUCAGAAGUGCGCUGGGGGAACUACACACAUGCAUGCACGCACAUACAUGCACACGCAUGCACAGGGGCACACGGCAUCUCACAUCACAUGAGGCUCAUGGGAAAAGUCAUGCACUCUCUCUCAUACAUGCAAACACAUGCUCCGGCUCACAGGCGCACUCGCACACAUAUUCAUGGUCACACGCCGUUCGCACACCAGUCCCGCUGCACGCACACUGGUGCUCAGCCACGUAUUUCCUUUCACUGUCGUGUACAUGCUCACGCAAAUCACACACACAGACUCUAGCUGGCACGCCAGUCUUCACUGCACCUUUAACCCCGAGACUUAUUUAUCACUUUCACUGCACAGCGCCGUAAACUUCUCUGUACUGCUUGGAGUGAGACAUGUUCAGCAACUAACAGGUGAUGAAACUCUAAGUAACAGCAUGCCAUGGUUCUAUCACCAGAUUAAGCUGUGGUAAU